AUGGACAUCCGCCUCAUCCAAACUCUCAAGAAGCAUCGAAUCAUGUUCUUGCUCGACACCAUCGCUAUGCUUAUCUACAUCGUCUGCCAAAAACUGAUUCAUUGA